AUGAUAAUGUCUGCGAGUGAGUAUACUAGACAAAUCGGCAAACAAUUGGAUCCUUCGAAUGAAUUCAAAGUGAGUGAUGGAUGGCUUGAUGGAUUUCGCACACGUUAUAACACAAAUUUUCGGGUUAUUUCUGGUGAAAGUCGAGCAGUUAAUCAAGACAUAAUUACUGAUUGGAAAACUCGAUUACACAAUACUAUUGAACAUUAUGAUCCUGUCGAAAUAUUCAAUUGUGAUGAAACUGGACUUUUUUACAAGCUGAUGCCUGAUCGAUCGUUAACUGUAGACAAAAAUGAUUACGAUAGAUUGAUUGAAGAAUUAGAUGGAGUAUUGAGACAUUUAACCAUUGGUGGAAAACCAAUGUCUGGCUAUGAUUAUGUGAGUAUUGAUGAUAAUGCUCCAUCAUUUAACGAAUGGGAUGAUUCGAAUGAUAAAUUAUUAGUAAUUAACGGAACUAUCAAUGAUGAUGCGAAUAGUAAUGAAGAUCAACUGAACGACGAUGUUCCAAGUGAAAAUCCACCUUCCUUAUCUGAAUGUUUAGACCUAGUUCGUCGUCUGCGCCUUUUCUCCACAAUGCAACAACCAGAAUUUCAUUUGUUCAUUAUUGAAUUACAGUCUAAACUAACUGAUGCACUCCUCGAUUCUAAUUUAUCAAAACAAAGAUCUGUUCUGGAUUAUUUCAAACAUGUACUUGUUUAA